UACUGGUCAGCACACCACACUCUUUGCAAACGGAUCGUGAUUUGUUUGAAAGCUUCUCCCGGAUGUGCCAAUAUCUCGCGUUCGAUUCGAUCGCUUUAUUUGCGCCAUCAACACUUCCCUAAUGAGGGAGUCCUCGAUAGUCUAAGUGGCUGACAACAAUACAAUCAUCUAGCUCGCGACUUGAAGGAUCUGUCGUGUGUGAAGUGUCCCGUGUGUGAAAGGACACUCCUCGGAAGUAGCACAAAAAAGUCCUUUCAAGUACGUGCGAAGCAACUACCUACCGCGCCGGCAGUGAAAAAAGGGGUUCUGCAUCGUGUGUCUAAUUAUACGUCAAUUAAUUAAUUACGCCACACUUUAGUGGGGGCAAACAAAACGGACCGCGUGACACGCGAAGAUAGCCGUGGUCCCGUUGCAAGGUGCAGCCAAAACGGACGGCCGUGGUCAGUGUAGAAGAGAACCAUACCUAGAGAGCUUGGUUCUGACAGUGGUUCGUUCAAUUUAACGGAAUUGCGCACAUGCGGCCCUUGCCUCGGGGAAAGCGUGGCCGCAAAAAAGUUAAUAUAAAAACCACGGGGCCAGCUGCAAAUGCCAAGUUGAGCGACCCGACCCGCGGACCGCGCGACUAGAGAUGAUCACGGCCAGUGGACACGGCAAUGCUGCGUACACAGGUGGUUGCCGGCGGUGGCCAAGUAAAAAUUAUCGACCAUGUGAAAUAAUUAUCCACGCCCCAGUGGCAGAGCUCGUCGAGUGUCUACAUUAAUCGUUACGCCCCGGUAGCGGUCGUGGUUGGGCCAGUGUACGUGUGCGUGUUAGGUGCGUUUGUAGGUGUGGGAGAGGAUCAUCCGCCUUUCGGGGAACUAUAAGCAUAAUAAUACGAUCAAUCCGAGAGCCGGCCGUCGUGCUGACAUUGGCGCCAUCACCGGUGAGGAUAUGCAACGCGCGCAGCACCAACACGUGAUGCUGAUUCUUUUACUGUUCCUCUUGGGUUCGUCGAGCGCCUGGUUCGAGACCAGUUCUUGGCGGACGGCGGAACUUGACGCUCACUAUCUGCAACAAUGGAACGGACCGUACUUUGACGUGUCCGCGUCGCGAAACGUGACGGUGCGCGAAGGCGAAACAGCGUACCUCACGUGCCGCGUAGAGAACCUGAUCAAACACAGCGUAUCCUGGAUGCGACAUCAUGACCUACACAUACUGACCAUCAACCAGAUCACGUUUAUCUCGGACAACCGGUUCGAGGUGCAACACAGCCGAACGACCGGCGAUUGGACGCUCAGGAUCCACCGAACAGACAGGAAGGACACCGGUGUCUACGAGUGCCAAAUUUCGACCAUGCCCGUCAAGAGCUUGCAGCUGUACCUGAUCGUUCGCGGCGAGGAGGAGCUGGUGAGACGACAGGACGACAUACUUUACGACAUUCCGCCCUCUUCCGCGGAACCGAACGGGAUGCGAACCGAAGACGCCUACGGCCGGAUGUACGCGGAUCGUGUGAAUGAUUAUGUGUUUCUAGCGGUCACAACGCAAAUCCUCGAGGGUUCGAUCGUGUACGGCUACAAGGGUCAGAAUCUGAACAUUACCUGCAUCGUCAAUCAUAACUACGACCGGCGACCCAACCACAUCAUCUGGUAUCACAAAAAUGACAUCGUGGCCUACGAGUCGCUGCGUAAACGGGAACGAUCGCCCCUUAAUAGCAUCACUUCGUACCACCUGAUAAGGGACGCCGAGUUCGAUGACGCCGGAAACUACACCUGCGCACCGGAACUGUACUCAACUGCCAGCACCAUUGUGCGCAUCUUGGACGGCGAAGAAGCACAGGAGUUAAACGGUGGCCUACGGUUAAACGGUACUACGUUCUGUUUCCUAGUUUUGCUAGUCUCACUGUGCAUACUCUACAAUCAUCGCGACCGGAUGAGUUAGUGAGGAGAACAUGCUUUGUACAUGC